CCCACUUAUUUUGAAGCCUGCCGUUAAGGAGUCACGAGAAGUUUAACGGUUAGAGAAGCUCAAGGAAAAUGACACAAAUGAACCGGAUGAAAACGGCUUCACUGGAGUGGUUCUGACAAGCAGACGACGCCCGCUUGUAUCGCAGGUGCCGUCUCGUACUUUGUUAGCCCACCUGCACUCGGGGCGGCUCGAGGAACCGCUGUAGCUGCUAGCGAAGCUCGUUAGCCGCUAACCAGCGAAGCUAGCGAGCUAACUAGACAAAUCGCCCGACUAGAGCGACCAAGUGGCGGGCGUGAAGCUAACCACGUCAGGGCUGGUUUUGGAGGGCUGGUUGGCUGAAUUUAUUCCGUUGAGGAGUUUAUUUCCGCCCUUCUUCUACAGUGCUGCUCUUCUUCCCCGUUUCAUUGUGUCGGAGCGUCCUGACUGCAUGCACGCAUGCUAGCAACUGCCACAACUAGCUAGCGUAAGCUAAAGUGGCAGUUUUUGUUUUUGUUUUUCACGCUGUCGCCGGUACGAGAUUUCGGAACGCGGUUGUGUCACCAUGACGCGUGGUUAUUAAGUGGACUUUUUAAAUGUCGUGCAGUCCCUCUAGGAGAACCAGACGCGGAGCAUGCAGGAGAAGAAGAGAGUCCAGAUAAGUAGAUAGGGGACGCGACCGAGUUAAACUGGACUGCGGAGUCGAUUCGCCUCUGAUUAGGGAUUGCAUUUUGGUUGGCCCUGACAGAGAUAGGAAAGGAUGAAGAAGUUUUCGAGAAUGCCAAAGUCUGAGAGCGGUGGGCUCGGAGGGGCAUCCGGGUCCAGCUCCAGCUCCGGAGUCAGCAGCUACUUCGGGAAAGUGUUUUCAGUCGGCCGGUACCAAGUCACCGUGGAGGAGCUUGUUGCAGAGGGAGGCUUCUCUGUGGUGUUUCUGGCUCGCACGCACAGCGGUGUACGCUGUGCUCUCAAAAGGAUGUACGUCAACAAUGUCCCGGACCUGAAUGUCUACAAGAGAGAGAUCACUAUCAUGAAAGAGCUGUCGGGCCAUAAGAACAUCGUUGGUUACCUGGACUCUACGAUCAGUCCUGUGUCAGACAGCGUGUGGGAGGUCCUGAUCCUCAUGGAGUACUGUAAAGCGGGGCAGGUAGUGAAGCAAAUGAACCAGCGGUUAAACGUGGGCUUCAGCGAGGCUGAGGUCCUCCACAUCUUCUGUGACACGUGUGAGGCUGUGGCCCGCUUGCACCAAUGCAAAACGCCCAUCAUCCACAGAGACCUUAAGGUUGAGAAUAUCCUGCUGAAUGACCAGGGAAAUUAUGUGCUGUGCGACUUUGGCAGCGCCACUCACAGAGUUUUACUGCCACAGAAGGACGGCGUGGCUGCUGUGGAGGACGAGAUUAAGAAGUACACAACCCUUUCUUACCGCGCGCCGGAGAUGAUUAACUUGUAUGCAGGAAAAGCCAUCACCACUAAGGCUGAUAUAUGGGCACUUGGAUGCUUGUUGUACAAGCUGUGUUUCUUCGCACUUCCAUUUGGGGAGAGUCAAGUCGCCAUAUGUGAUGGAACCUUUAUCGUUCCAGAUAACUCCAAAUUCUCCUUCAAGUUGCACUGUUUAAUCAGAUAUAUGCUCGAACCAGACCAGGAGAAGAGACCUGACAUUUACCAAGUGUCCUAUUUUGCCUUCAAAUUAGCUGGAAAAGACUGUCCAGUGCCAAAUCUCUUCAACUCUCCCAUCCCGACGUCACUCCCUGAGCCUCUGACAGCCAGCGAGGUCGCUGCUAAGAAGAGCUUGACGAAAGCCAGGAUCACAGACUCUGUGGGACCAACGGAAACAUCAAUAGCUCCCAGACAGCGGCCAAAGGCUGCAAACAGUAAUGUCCUGCCUCUCACUAACACUGUCACCCCUGUCAAGAUGACCGUGCCUUCAGCACCCGUCAGCAACGGCCAGAAAGCUCCCACUCCUGGCUCUGGGCAACCAUCCAUACAGUCUCAGCCUCAGCAACAGCCUCAGCCACAGGCCAGCAGUCAACAACACAGAGUCCUGCAGCAGCUACAACCUGGUGAUUUGCGUCUGCAGCAGCUACAACAGCAUCACCACCACCAGGCAGUGCAGCAACAACAUGCAAAUGCACAGCAACUCCAAUACCUCCAGACCAUCAUGGACCAUAGCACCAAACUGUUCAUGCUGAACGAUGUUACGUGCAGCAUGGCCUUCUCCACGCCUUCUCCAGACCCCUUCACGUGUGUCACAUGUGCUCAGGGUGAACCGGCUCUCUUCUGUGAAAAGCACAGGCUGCAACAGUACCAACAGGCUUUUGUCCAGCAACAGCAGCAGCAUCAGCAACAUCAUCAACAACAUCCGCAGCAGCAGCAGCAUCAUCCUGCUCAGCAGCCUCUCCCCUAUAUGUCUUCCCCUCUUGAGUUCCAGAUCCCUCUGGGUUCCUACAAUGCGACCACACCCACCACAGGAACUGGAGCUGGUACUUGCCAGAUGGGGGGGCCAUCUCCUGUAGAUCCCUCAUACACUAACCCCAGGAACCCUCUGCUGUCCACAGAUGGGGUCACCCCUCCUUUGCAGAGCUGCAGCAGUGCAGUCAGCAACCCUCCCGAUAUGUCAGGCUGGAACCCUUUCGGAGAGGACAACUUUUCUAAACUGACCGAGGAGGAGCUGCUUGACCGGGAAUUUGACAUGCUCAGAGCAAAAAAGCCAGUGGAGAGGACAACGAGCGUGGAAACUGACCGACCGCCGCCUGCCGCCGCCGCAGCCAAGCCCCUUCCUCCAGAGGAUCUCUUCGGCUCAGUCCCAUUUGUGGCCAACGCAGGUAGCAGUGCGCAGAAGGCCGAGCCGACCAGCGAGGAGGUCGGCGUUCCCGAACCUGCCGAGAGUCUGCAGCCGACCCACAAGGAGCACAAACCGAGCAGGAAGACCAACUGCAGGCCCGGCGACGAGUCCGACAGCGACUUCGAGUCCGACCCUCCUUCACCUAAGAGCAGCGAGGACGAAGAGCCGGAGGAAGAGGAGGCGUUGAACAGCGAGCAUGGUGAAGACACCGAGCCAGAGAAUUUUGGACAGAGGCCUUUGCUGAUGGACUCUGAGGAGGAGGGAGAGGAGGAUGAAGACAAACACAGCUCAGAUUCAGACUAUGAUGCCAGCAGGGUGAAGAACCGCUCAAAGAAACCUGCAGGAGCUAAAGGAGCGACUGCUGCCACCAGGAGUCCUCCUUCUGGGAUGGCUCUGAUCACACCUCCAGAGUCACCUGGUGGAGUGAGAGCUGUGGAGCCUGUGGAUGUUUUUGGUGCCGUGCCCUUUGUCGGAGGAGCUUCACCUGUGGAACCUCCAGAGGCCACAGAUAUCUUCACUAAAGCGCCUUUCAAGGUCGGCCAUGAGCAGCAGGCGGCAGACGAGUUUGACGUUUUUACCAAAGCGCCGUUCAGCCGGAACCUCUCGAGGUCGAGCAGGAGUGGCGGUGACGUCCCCAUGGGCCAAACGCCGCCAGUUUCUCCUGAGGGCAUCGAUGUUUUUGGCUUCUCUCCCUUCCAGCCAAGCCCCACCGCCCAACCUCCCACCACCUCCAGAAGUGCCGAAGACAUCUUCCGGACGCCCUUCGAGGAGUCGGCGAGUCCUCAGCAGCAGAGGCUGAAGCAGCGCAGCCUUCAGAAGCUGUCGUCCCGCCAGCGGAAGACCAAACAGGAAGCCACGGCUGGGGGCAGUAACGGCAAGCGGCACCACGGCACACCGACGGGAGGGCGCAAGACUAACAAGCCGACCUAUCGCACGCCCGAACGAGUCCGCAGACACAAGAAGGUCGGCCGCAGAGACUCGCAGAGCAGCAACGAGUUCCUCAGCACCUCUGACUCCAAGGAGAACAUCAGUGUGGAUAUAACGAUGGCCGAGGGAGCGUCUCUGCCGGUGGACGACGCCCUUUUAGACCCGUUUGGAGCCAAACCCUUCCACCCUCAGGACGGCGGCCGACACAGCCAGUACCAAGGCCUCGGCGACGGAAAAGGCGACAUCGGCACGGCCAACGGUAAGUCCUGGACGGGCCCUCUGCACGGAGAGAGCCGAAAUAUGGAUGACUUCGGGGCGGUGCCCUUCACAGAACUGGUCAUCCACAGUGGACCUCAGCAGCAGGCGGCGCCCUCACAGCCGCUGGACCUCGACCCCUUCGGAGCCGCACCUUUCCCCUCAAAGCAGUGACUCCACCUGCGUCUUCCCGCUCUGUCGGCUGCUUUCUUUUUCUCGGUUUGGGAUCAUUUUUAACCAACAAGCUAAAACUUUUUUCUAAGAGCGUUUUAAUACAGUCUGGAUAACAAACCCUGUGGAGUGCGAGUGGCGUUUCCACAUAUCCUUCAGCUGCACAUGUUUUUGAAAAGCCUUUAAUGCUGCAUCUGAACGCUGUUUGGAACCAAAAGAAACCCACUCAAAAAAAAAUGUGAUUCUGAGCUUCGACCGCUCGUCUUGCUGUGAAAAGCUCUCUCCGGCCUGCCUUCUGAUCUGCCGACAUGUUUUUGUUUUUAGCACCACGACGCCUUACCUGAGCUCGGCUCUGCCUUGCUUCAUAGUACCUCGGAAACCACGACGCCGUCAGCCUCGCGCGUCUUUUCCUGAACCUCUUCUGUCUUUAUUAGAUUCUUCUCUAUGCAUAAUGUCACAGUAGUCUUUAUGCAGCUAAAUGUGGGUGUGGUUUGUGAUGCAUUAGAAGGGAUUGAAUCUUGUUCUUCUUGGAGCUCUUAAUUGGGUCAGGUUUAAAUUUAGGAUCUUAACUCUUUUUAUUUCCUAGCAACAAGAACUCUUAAUUGUUUUUUUAUUUUUUAAUAAGUUACAACUCAACAUUUCUGUUAGAAAUAAAACACACAAAGCCACGUUAGAGGACUAGUUUAGGCUUAUGAGCCCUGCAGAACUCAAACUGUGCAGCUGUUUUCCCGGCAUUGUCACUGACCUCGGCAUUUUACAUCAUCGGGAAUUUCACCAUUAGUAAACUGAUAGGUUUGCAGGUUUAGUGUGAACAAGUCCCAUGAAAGAACUAAAGCCAAUCAAGUGUUUCAAGUAAUUUUCGCUCCAACCGCAAACGUUUGUAGCUGUUACGUGACUGAGGUGCGUGUGAGACUGGCUAACAUUAGCUGCUCUGUAAAGGUGCUUGUUGUACAUUUGUAUAUUUAAAAGUAGCGUAAAAGCUUUAAAAUUGACUAAAAAUGUCACCAGAAUGUGAAGAAAUAACUGCUACGAUAAAAAGGACUUUGUUGUGCCGAAACGAUAUGGACUGAAGUUGAAUUAGAGCCGGGCUGUACUUUCAUGUAAUACCAAUCAGCACCACAAGAUGGUGUCGUGAGUCAAUGUACCAGAAUUAAAAUGUAAAAACCUCUUGAGGAAAUUGGGGGUAUGAAUUAAGAAGAAAGGGUGAAAUAACAGUGCGACUUGUUUCUCUUGAGUUUUCAUUUAACCCCGUCUGUGAACGCAGCCCCACUCAAACCAGUUUUUACCAGUUUGAGAGCAAUAGUUUGGUGUUUGAACAGUACGGUUUUACUUUCUAAGCUUUAAAUAAUUCAUAUUUAGAGGCGCUGCUUUAAAGUUCAUCUUUGUAGCCAGGAGGCAUUAAAAAAAUUAGAAAACGGCACACGAUUAGUUUGUUUUUCAGGCUAGGAGUGGAACUUUUGGUUAUUUUGUAGCCGUUUGAUAAUUAAAACUGUACUUUAUGUUUAAAGAAAUAAAAUCCCACUUAAAAAUCUUAACUGGUUAAAAUAGUUUUUAUACAGUCCGUGUUUUUGUGCUAACUGAUUUAUGGUGCUGACCAACAACAGUUAUUUUGCCUGCUUCACCAUCAUAUGUGGAUAAUUCCUGGAAAUGAGCUUAUGGAGUAGAUUUAACUAUAAAUAAAGAAACAAGAGUGGCAUUGAACUUUUUCCACCUCCUUAAAAUAUCAGACUGCUCUUUUAAAAACAGAAAAUUCCUCGUGGCGUUUUAUUAAGGACCCUACAGUAAUACAGGCCGGGGAGCAGAUUCAGACUGAGGGGAAACGAUGCGUUGGAUGAUUCGAUGUUUGGUUCUGCAGUGAGCGUAGUACUCGUGGCAGCAGGACUCUGUAUGUGGGACAGGUUUUAUUGGUUUAUCGAGCUCUGAUUACUUGCGUCACGGUUUCAUGUCUUGAUGGGAUUUGUUCACAGUUUGGUUUUUUGUCUUUGCAGAAUGAGGUGCAUUCAUAAAGGGCAAAACAUGUUAUUCGGGUUUGGUUUUUGUUUCUUGAUGAAAUCUUCCUUAAACAACUUUGUGCUUCUUCAUCGACCGCCUUAAGCACUGCAUUUAGCUCCACCACCGUUGGCACAUUUGUUUGAAUGAAACCAGCAGCCUGCUCUGUUUUCUUUUUUUACACCAGUUGAACCAUUUCAUACAACCGCUCCCAUCUUUGUUUUUGUUUUUUUCACCAGGGUAAGUCUUGUAUUGUAUUUAUCAUGCUAUACUGCUGUUGGACGCAAUAAAUAAAGUUUCAUCUCAAACA